AUCUACUCUGCAUUUUUAAAUGUCAGACCCUUGUCUUUCUGUAUUUAUAUUAUAACCUCAAAAAUUGUAGGCGACGCAAGAAUUUCAAGUGCUCCAAUAAAUUUGACUAAUAAUAUCGAAUUAUUUACAAUAAAAUAUGAUGGAGGGAUAUGAGAUAAGAAUUUCCAAUAGCAAAAAAGGAAAAGGUCUGUUUGCUACUAAAAAGUUUGCAGAAGGUGAUGUUAUUCUCGAAGAAGAUCCCUUGGUUUCAUGCCAAUUUGCGUGGAAUGCUGCCUACAGAUAUAUAGCAUGCGAUCAUUGCAUGAGGCCACUGGAGACGCCAGAGCAAAAUGUGCGGAGGUUAGCCAACAAGCCAGACUUUGUGCUUCCAUACCCCGACUGUGUGGACAUUGGGUUCGGCCAGCCAGUUCCUUGUGACCAGUGUGGAGUCCUCUAUUGCUCUGAAGGUUGCCGUAAUAAAGCUCUGGAGCAAUACCAUCGGACACUCUGCCAUGACCCCAGCGAUGCACAGCAUCCUAUUGUAUUGCUUUUGGACACUUGGAAACAAAUGCACUACCCACCGGAGACAACAAACAUAAUGCUCCUCGUGCGGAUACUGGCCUACAUCCACCAGAGUCCGCAGCCGGACGAGGCCGCAUCCACCAUCAAGAGGUUCUGCCACAGAACCGUGAAUGAAGAUGCGGAGCUGGUGCACAAGUUGCUUGGUGAACAGUUCACCAGUCAAAUGAACACAUUAAGAGAGAUGACAGCCAAUGUUGUGAGUGGGGAGAAUGUACAAGAGUUCGUGACCCCGGACGGCUUCUGCUCCCUCAUGGCCCUCAUCGGCACCAACGGGCAGGGCGUGGGCAGCAGCCCGCUGGCCGCGUGGGCCUCCCGCGCGCCGCAGCUGCCGCUGUCCGACGACGAGAGGAGACAGCUGGACGCGCUCCUCGACCACGUGUACCAGUGCGUCGACGCCGAAUCCGGCACAUUCCUCAACACGGAAGGCUCGGGUCUCUACCAAGUGCAAAGCGCCUGCAACCACAGCUGUUCACCUAACGCCGAGCCAGGCUUCCCGCACGGCAACCAUAGACUACAGCUGAAGGCUGUCAAGGAUAUUGAGGAGGGCGAGGAGAUUUAUAUCAGCUACUUGGACGAGUGCAUGAUAGGCCGGUCCCGGCAUUCUAGGCAGAAGGAGCUAGCCCUAAACUACCUAUUCGUGUGUUGGUGCGAGCGAUGCAUGUCGGAAGCUUCAGACCCCGACGUGACCAGCGAAGAGGAAAUGAGCGAAGAAGAGAUAUCCGAUGCAGACGACUGAUGUUCCAACUUCCUUGCCGUCUGCCUCCUUGGUCUAUGAACAAUGGCGACUGGUAAGCACUGGCUGAAAAGGAAGAGAAUACGCAGCCGUAAAUUAAAAAAGAAAAAAAUAAAAGACUAUCAAAGAGUUUACAUUGUGUUUUGUAUGCAAAGAGGUGCGCGUGAAAAAAGUUGGCGAUGCUAGCGCCACUCAGGAGUGGUGGCGGAAAUAUGAUCAAUAUUUUGUAUGAGUAGUUAAUACGAAAAGUAUGGACCUAACUUACACUA